GAUUCAAAGAAGCAUACAGGUUAUGUAGGAUUAAAAAACCAAGGUGCUACUUGUUAUAUGAAUUCUCUACUACAAACACUCUUUUUCACUAAUCAGUUAAGAAAGGCUGUCUAUCAAAUGCCUACAGAGAGUGAUGACUCUUCAAGGAGUGUAGCGUUGGCUUUACAAAGAGUAUUUUAUGAAUUACAGUUUUCUGAUAAGCCAGUUGGUACAAAGAAACUCACAAAAUCUUUUGGUUGGGAGACAUUAGAUUCAUUUAUGCAGCAUGAUGUACAGGAAUUAUGUCGUGUGUUGUUAGAUAAUAUGGAAAGUAAAAUGAAAGGAACUUGUGUUGAAGGUACAAUUCCAAGACUAUUUGAAGGAAAAAUGACUUCAUUUAUACGUUGUAAACAUGUGAAUUAUACUUCUACUAGAGUUGAACCAUUUUAUGAUGUACAAUUAAAUGUUAAAGGGAAAAAAAAUAUAUUUGAAUCUUUUAAAGAUUAUUGCGCUGUUGAAUCAUUAGAAGGUGAAAAUAAAUAUGAUGCUAGUGAUUAUGGUUUACAGGAAGCAGAAAAGGGCAUAAUAUUUGAAUCUUUUCCACCAGUUUUGCAUCUUCAUUUAUUACGUUUUCAGUAUGAUCCUCUUACUGAUACGAAUAUAAAGAUAAAUGACAGAUUUGAAUUUCCAGAGAAGCUUAAUUUAGAAGAGUUCCUUCAGCAUUCUGAAUCUACUCCUGCUGACUAUACACUUCAUGCUGUUUUAGUUCAUAGUGGAGAUAACCAUGGUGGUCAUUAUGUAGUGUUCAUUAAUCCCAAAGGUGAUAAUAAGUGGUGUAAGUUUGACGACGAUGUUGUUUCUCGGUGUACGAAACAAGAAGCAAUUGAUCACAAUUUCGGAGGGAAUGAAGAUGACAUUACAGUAAAACAUUGCACAAAUGCUUACAUGUUAGUUUAUAUUAGAGAUAGUGCAAUUCAUGAAGUGUUACAGUCAGUAACUGAACAAGAUAUUCCUGAGCAGUUAAUAGAAAGGCUUCAAGAAGAACGGAGACAAGAAGCAUUACGUAGAAAGGAACGAAAUGAAGCUCAUCUUUAUAUGAAUGUUCAAAUUGUAACCGAAGAUCAUUUUGCUGGUCAUCAAGGAAAUGAUCUUUUUGAUCAAGAAAAAAUUAAUUUCAGAGUAUUUCGGGUGAAAAAGGUUGCUACAUUACGCGAGUUAAUGGAACUUUUAUCAGAACAGAUGAAAUAUCCUAUCUCUAUGAUCAGGCCUUGGCCAAUCACAUACAGAACUAAUCAGACAUGUCGUCCAUUAGCUCUGGAUAUGGAAUUGGAUUUAGAUAAAACAAUUAUAGAUUUGGCUGAUAAUGCAAAUCCAUGGACAUUAUUUUUAGAAACAGUACAGCCUGAUUCUGGAAAGGAUCAUUUACCUGAUUUUGAUAAAGAAAGUGACGUUUUAUUAUUUUUCAAAUUAUAUGAUCCAAAGAACAAGAGGAUAUCUUACUGUGGUCAUACUUACAUGUCAAUUGCUGCAAAAGCAAAGGAACUUGUACCCAUUCUCAAUGAAAAGGCAGGUUUUCCUUUGGAUACCCCAUUAACAUUAUAUGAAGAAGUAAAACCAAAUAUGGUAGAGAGGAUAGGUGAUCUCGAAUUGCCUUUAGAAAAAGUUUUAGAAGAAUUGAUGGAUGGUGACAUCAUUGUUUUUCAGAGGGCUGACAUUAACAUUGAAGAUUGUGAAUUACCUACCGUUAAUGACUACUUCAGGGAUCUUUUCUACAGAGUAGAAGUGACUUUCUGUGAUAAAACAAUACCUAACGAUCCUGGGUUUACAAUGGAAUUAUCACUCAGAAUGAAUUAUGAACAGAUGGCAGUUGCUGUUGCCCAGAGGUUAGGAACAGAUCCAUAUUUGCUGCAGUUUUUCAAAGCUCAGAAUUACAGGGAUGGACCUGGAAUUCCAUUAAGAUGUACAUAUGAAGGAACUCUUAAAGAUUUAUUAGUUUAUUUCAAACCAAGACAACCAAAGAAAAUUUAUUAUCAACAGCUUAGUAUUAGAGUUAAUGAAUUGGAAAACAAAAAACAAUUUAAAUGUGUUUGGGUAAAUAGCAAGCUUAAAGAAGAGAAAGAACUAAUUCUUUAUCCUAAUAAAAACGGUUCAGUAGUCGAUUUAUUAGAAGAAGCAAGGAAACAAGUUGAUUUAAGUGACUCAGGUUCUGGAAGAUUAAGGUUAUUAGAAGUAAUUAGUUGCAAAAUUACUAAUGUUCAACGUGAAGACAUUCAGUUGGAAUGUCUUAAUGCAGCAAAUACCAAAACUUAUCGAAUCGAGGAAAUUCCAAAAGACGAACUAGAGUUAGCUGAUGAUGAGCUUCUUAUUCCUGUAGCACAUUUUCAUAAAGAGGUAUUUUCCACAUUUGGUGUUCCGUUCCUGUUAAAAAUUAAACAUAGAGAACCAUUCUCAAGAGUUAAAGAAAGAAUACAAAGAAAGCUAGAUAUUCCAGAUAAGGAAUUUGAAAAGUAUAAAUUUGCUAUAAUAUUAAUGGGUCGACCACAGUAUAUUGGUGAAGAAACCGAUUAUUCUGUUACUUUAUCUGAUUUUUUAUCUCAGCCACCACAAGGUGGUACGUUGCAGUCCAGGCCGUGGCUUGGAUUAGAACAUAUUAAUAAAGCUCCUAAACGUUCUCGCUAUAACUAUCUGGAAAAGGCCAUUAAAAUACAUAAUUAAAUCAAUAUGGUCAGAGAUGCCAAGAUAAGGUAAUGGGCCAUACUGAAAUCCUCCAGUGUUAUGCCAACCUGUGAUCACACUCCACUGUGCAAACCUCCGUGCUAGAUGUGCUUUCAACUUUUCUGCACGGCUGUGUAGGUGCAGUUCAAAUUUUACUUCUGUUUUCUCAAAACAUUUUGGUCCACCUACAUUCUGAGUCGAGUCUUCCCCAUUGGGGGGCAAGAAAAAAAAUUUUUCUUAAAACACUGCACUAAAAAGGUGGAUUAUAUUGGGUAUAAUGGUUAUCAUAUCAGUGUCCACGGUUAUUCUCCGAGGCCCUUCCCGUUGCGGACAUUUAUUGCCGAGGGGGUGAGAAACGGAAAAAAAUAAUAUUUACAAACUCUGAGAUCACGAUUUCAGUUCAAGCAGAUACCGAAAUCUACUUAGCCUAUUUCUAGUGUUUCAUCACAAACAAGAAUGGAUGUAAUAUAAUUUAAACAUUAUUUACAUGUGGUUUGUAUGAAGGAAAAUAAUAUAGUUCCGAAAUGAGGAAAAAAGCUUGAAAGUCUUCAUUGCAUAUUCUGUUUAAAAUUCUGUACUAUACAUUCAAAUAUAAAAAAUAAAAAUAAAAUAAAAAAAUAAAUACCAGCAUGUGAAAGUUCCAAAUUUUUGUGGUCUGGUGAAAACUGUCCAGUUUAUUCCUUUUGUGUUAGUUUUCUGGAAUACAUUUUGCAUGGUGGAAAAAAAAGUUGUUGCGUACGAAGCACAAAAGAUUCCAACGGAUGGCGCACUGAACUUGGCAGUGAGGAAAAGGCCCUAAUAUAUGUGUUAAAUAAUAAAAAAAAAUAAAAUAAGGAGAAGAGAAAAACUUCUCUUUUCUUCUGUGUACACCAUUUAAAUAUAUUUGCAGCUUCUGUACAGUGUGUGUACUAAAAAGUUCAAUUGCCUUACUACUCACAAAUGCUUAGUAGAAUUGUAUGGAGGAAUUUUCAAAAUAAAUUUAGAACUGUA